AUGGACGAAUGGUCGAUUCUCGAUGAGGUCGACGUGAUUGCGAAAUGGCCCACGGAGCACAAGAAGGCAGUUUUGGAGGCGGGAGCCAAGUGGAAGGAGAGGAAAGAGGGAUUGGAGGCACUCAACACGAUAAUCGAGUCGAAUCCACGUCUCGCCACGUCAUCAAUGACGAUUUACGGGGAGUUAAUGGACGAAAUACGGAAAAUUCUCGAUCGAGAAUCGAAUAUUGUCGUUGUGACGACAGCGAUCAAGACGGUCGAGCUACUGGCGAGAGGGCUCCGACAGAAGUUUGGAGGAUUCGUUGGAAUGGUGAUACCAUUCCUAAUCAAACGUGCGAAAGAUAAGAAGAAGAAUGUGCGUGACGCCAUACUCUCCGCCCUCUCUUCUGUAUCCGAUACGACGUCAUCUGAACGUCUUCUGAAGGAUAUCAUCGAUUGGUUCUCAAUUCCGUCGCCAGAAUCCAAACAGACACUUCUCUCGUUUCUUUUCUCGUAUUGGUGUCGACAAUUUCAGAUGGAUAUUCCAUUCGUUAAGGCUGUCGCGCCGUUGGUUGUGAAGGCCUCCACAGACAGUGACGUCACAGUCCGCGAUAAAGCAUGUCAGGCACUCGGAGCCCUCAAAAGACUAAUGGGCGACGCCAUUUCUGCAUUCCUCGUUCCAAUCUCCACAGACACCUCAAAAAUGGAAAAAAUCCAGCAGUAUCUGGAGGAGGCGACGGAAGAAUUCAAGAAAUUCCAGGAAUCUCAACCGAAAUCUGUCGGAAAUUCGGAGAAAACGGAGGAAGAAGGGGGCGGAGCUUCGUUGUCAGAGGAAACAGAAUCCGCUGCCACGUCAUCAGUGAUGGAUCCAUGGGAGAUAAUGGAUUCAGAAGACGUUGGAAAGAAGAUUGAGAAGGGAGUGGAAGGGCAAUUGGUGGAUAAGAAUUGGAAGGAACGAGUGGCUGGAGGGGAGAGUAUUAAGAAAUCAAUGGACGGAAUCGGUCGAAUCGAAAUAUCGGAACGUCUUCAUGAACUUUUGAAAAUUCUUAUCAAAAUCAUUGAGAAAGAUGUGAAUGUGAAUGUGGCGGCCCUAUCGGCCCAAAUUCUCAAAGAGACCGCCCAAAAGAGUCGAUUCGCGUUCGCCUCGUUGGCUCAUCGAGCAUUUCCUGUCGUUUUUGAUAAACUCAAGGAUAAGAAGGCCGUGUUGAGAGAUGCGCUGGUCGAGUUUUGUGAUGAGGCGGCGGUUACGACGCCUCUCUCCGCCUACUCGGAAGCUGUCAUCACUGCUCUCGGCUCGAAAAAUCCUCAAAUUCGUCAACAAACCGCCCUUUUUCUCAGUCGAUUCUACGCGAAAAACGAUACGAAAACGGUGGAAAUCGAUGUGGUCAAACAGUUGGUGGAGCACAUUUUGAAGGCGACCAACGACGCCGAUAAAGAAGUUCGUGAAGCGUCGCUCCGUAUCGUCGCCUCAAUUCAAAAAUCACUAGGAGAAGCGGUUGCGAAACGACUUUUAGCGGAUGUAUAUGAUGAUAAAUUGAAGGCUGAAAAGAUCCCCUCUAUAAUCGAGGAGCUCGAAAAGGAGUACGGUAGCACCGCAGCUCCAGAAAUCCUUCGUCUCGCCAAACACUACAAAAUCGGUGGCACCGCACCGCCCAAACCCUCGGCUCCGCCCACAAAAAGAGCAACUUCUGCGGCGGCGGCUCCGCCCCCUCGGAUCUCUUCAUCCGCCAAACCAUCCGGAACCGUUCGUCCUGUUCAAUCUGCCGCAACUCGCCGAGCACCAUCACCCAAAGCUCCGCCUCCCACCGCUACAGUACCACCAAUGAAGCCGAAACCGUUCGUGGCGAGACCAGCGCCGAAUUUCGGUGGUGGUGGUGCGACGGUGGGUCUCACCGCGAAACCAAAGGCUACGGUAGCGCCGGCGAGAGUUGCUCCGAAAGUUGCUCCGAGUUCACGACCGACGACUAGCUCACGACCGAUGGCUCCUGUCAGACCGACACCAAUUGCUCCGAAUGUUGUUAGGCAUACUGUACCUGUGGCUCCGGGGGCUCCGAUGGCUAGGAAACCCGUUGGAAUCGCUAGACCACAGACUGCGGGCGCCCCGUCGACUGGUGGACCAACGAGAUCGAGAAUUGCCACUCCAUCCGGAAUCGCUCGUCCCGGCUCCUCAGCUCUGCCUCGCCCUCCAUCCAACUCCCGAAUCGCCCGCCCACCGUCUCGUCCGAGUUCUCGCAACGAAUAA